AUGUUCCUUGCACCAGCCAAGAAAGAAUGUAGCCGAGAUUUACUUGAAGAUUUGUACGAAUGUGGUGGAAUUGGAGACGAUGAUAUAAUUGGGAUUGAUUGGUUGAAUAAUGGAUCAUGGACUACAUAUAAAUUGAGCACACUUAUCGAAUUAUAUGGUCCGGAAUACCCAUUUCGAAGAAGAAAAGUUUCGGUUGGGAAUGAAUCGGAUUCUUCUUUUGAGUUCUCUUCCGAUGAGGAAUUAACAAGCCGAAGAAAAUCUGUAGUAAUCGACGAGACGAAAAAUUCUGUUUUUGAAAUUCCAGAAGAACGCAAUGAAACUCUCUUGGCUGAAAAAAAUGAUCCGCGAUUGCCACUUAUUGAUUCGUGUUCUCCGGAAUUGGCAGUUCCAGAAAAUAUGCGGAAAAGAUUAAUUGACGAACUCGAAUUUUUCUGGAAUUCGGUCGACGCUACGACAUGGAAAAAACAUGGCGUAUCCAUUUAUAAGAUUAAUGAGAAGGCCACUUGUAAGCCAUGCGGACUCAGACCAAACUGUUUCUCGGAUGCUGUCUCGCUGGGAACGCACAUAUUCGCGAGAAAGCAUAAGAACUAUAUAAUCAAAUAUGGAUUUUCCAUUUCGGAUUAUGCGAUUUGGAAAGAAGCAUUGCUUCACUGUAUCGGUAAAAAGGCGAAAAAUAAGAAUAUUUGCAUCGAAAAAACUUCAAAAAAAGAAAACGGCUCGAAAUAUCCGCUGUUCAACUCGUUUGGAUCAACUAACAAAUUGCCAAAAGCUGAAUUUAUUGAGGAAUAUGACAAAUUGUGCGAACAAAUUAACGAUAUUCCGGCAAAAAUCAUUGUGAAAAUGCGUGUUCAAAAGCUAGACCUUACUUGUGAUUUCUGUAAAUGCCAAAUUCAAUCAUUCUCUUCACUGGCUUCUCAUGUAUUCUCAAAGGGUCAUUCUAAAAAAAUUAAAGAAAAAUGCGAAGGAACGAAAGAGGAUUUGGAAUAUUGGAAGACGUUUAUAAAAGAAGCACAAGCCGCAACGGACAUUGCCUUUGGAAAUGCGAAAGAAGAAAUCCCGUUGUUCAAUUUCUUCGGAAAUGGGGAAAAAGAUCCCGAAAUUGAGAAGGAAUAUGAUACACUUGCGAAGAGAUUUUCGAAUAUUCCCAUAGAGUGUGUUGCAAUUGUCAAUACUAGCAAAUUGAGUGAAAUGAUAUGCGAAAGUUGUUUGAAAGCAACUGGAAUAUCAAAAAAAUGCCAAAAUUAUCAGUCGAUCGCUUCGCACGUCUUCUCGAAAACGCAUGGCGAAAUUCUCAAAAAAGACUAUAAAGUGGCAAUAAGCGACCUCGAAUAUUGGAGAAAAUUCAUUGAAAAAGCUGAAAAUAUUAUGAAUAACGAAAGGUCGAAGUAUUCACAAAUGGGAAAAACGAAAUCAACGUUUGAGAAUAUGUGCAUCACAAAAACGAAAAAAAAGAAAACGAAAAAAAAAGAGAACAAAAAAGGAAACGACCCGAAAUAUCCGCUGUUCAACUCAUUUGGAUCAACUAACAAAUUGCCAAAAGCUGAAUUUAUUGAGGAAUAUGACAAAUUGUGCGAACAAAUUAACGGUAUUCCGGCAAAAAUCAUUGUGAAAAUGCGUGUUCAAAAGCUAGACCUUACUUGUGAUUUUUGUAAAUUCCGAAUUCAAUCAUUUUCCUCACUGGCUUCUCAUAUAUUCUCAAAGGGUCAUUCUAAAAAAAUUAAAGAAAAAUGCGAAGGAACGAAAAAGGAUUUGGAAUAUUGGAAGACGUUUAUAAAAAAAGCAGAAGCCGCAACGGACAUUGCCUUUGAAAAUGCGAAAGAAGAAAUCCCGUUGUUCAAUUUCCUCGGAAAUGGGAAAAAAGAUCUCGAAUUUGAGAAGGAAUACGAUGCACUUGCGAAGAGAUUUUCGAACAUUCCCCUAACAUAUGUUGCUAAAAUCAAUACUGAAAAGUUUGAAUAUAUGCUUUGUGAAAUUUGUUUGAAAAGAAAAGGAAAAUUUGUUUAUUGCAUGAAUCUUCAAUCAAUCGCUUCGCACGUCUUCGCGAAAAUCCAUGGCGAAAUUCUCAAAAAAGACUAUAAAGUGGCAAUAAGCGAUCUCGAAUAUUGGAGAAAAUUCAUUGAAAAAGCCGAACAAAUUGAAAAUGAUGGUACAUCCUGCUCGUUGUUGCGGUUUUUGCGCCAAUUCGCCACCAUUCGCCACAUUCGUCGAUGUCUUCAAUCACAUCAAGAGCCAACAUCAUAUGAUAAGCCUCAGAUCAUCUCGGAAUAUCGAAAAAUGCGAUUUGGACUUCUGGAAGAGAUUCGCCGAGAGGGCUUGGUGCUUCUGAACAUGGUCAAGUGCUUCGCGAAACGACACGAAUCGGUGCGCCUAGAAUUCAUUGAGACGUUUUGCUACGUCUGCGACACGGUCGUGCUCAAUGCCAUCGAGCACAUUUGCAGCCAUGACCAUAUUAGGCAUCUCUCCGCGAUUGGCGCCACUAUCAGCGAUUUCGAUUUCUGGGAGUUGGUGAUUCGUCAAAAAUGCCAUCAUUCAACGACGCGUCGAAUUUACGGCUUCUGCUUUGGUGUUUAUGAUAAAUCGCUGCCCGUGCUCGACUUGCCGUUGUUCGCCGAGUAUCCGGACCACAAAACAAUUAUAGCUGGACCCACUCAACGUGAAAUCGAUUAUAUUCGUGAAUGCUUCACAAUGCUAUCGAAUGGAAAUUUUGCAUUUGCGGAUGAGGUGAGACAAGCUGGUUAUUCCCUAUGCAAAGAGGCGAUUGAUUAUUGGCUUGACGUUUGCGAGAUGACGGACCUAACAGAGAGACCGAUUCGGUAUCCCAAUGAAUCGGAAGUGGUCGUGUCGAAUAGAUGGAUAAUCGCGCCAAUGUUCGAUCUCAAAAUGUCGCAUGAUCGACAAAUUUCCAUCGGCAAAUCAAUUCAAAAGCUUUUCGAAAAUCUCGACGAAGGCAAAUUCCUCGAAUUAUACCAGUCAAAGCGUCUCGGACCGAAUGAGGCAUGUUGUGAACAGCUUCUUUUGAAAUAA